UCCGCCCCUCGCACUCGGCUCCCCGCGCCUCGCCGCCCGCACGCCGGGUCGGAGCGCCGGGGCUGAGCGGGGCCGGGCCGGUGCGGAGCCGGGACCGGGGCUGAGCGGGGCGGAGGGUGCCGGCCCGGCCCCGCCAUGCCCCGCUCCUUCCUCGUCAAGAAGCUGAAGGCGGAGGCGUUCCCGGCCGCCGGGGCCCCCGCGCCCCCCUACGCCCCCCUGGAACCCCCCUACGCGCUGCCCGGCCCCGCCGCCGGCGAUGGGUACCUCCAGCACUGCCUGGCACCAGCUGGCUAUGACACCGACAAGAAGCAAGGUCUGCCACCGCAACCGCCCGACCCAGCCUACGCACCCGGCCACGAGGAGUACAGCGACCCCGAGAGCCCCCAGUCCAGCUUUUCUGCCCGCUACUUCAAUGGGGAGGCAGCGGUGACAGACAGCUACUCCAUGGACGCCUUCUUCAUCACGGACGGGCGGUCGCGCCGGCGCAGUGAGAGCCAGCGCCGUGGCAGCCACCGUCACUCCUGCCCCGAAUGCGGCAAGACCUACGCCACUUCAUCCAACCUCAGCCGGCACAAGCAGACCCACCGCAGCCUGGACAGCAAGAUGGCAAGGAAAUGCCCCACCUGCGGCAAGGCUUACGUCUCCAUGCCCGCCCUCGCCAUGCACGUCCUCACCCACAACCUCAAGCACAAGUGUGACGUGUGCGGCAAAGCCUUCAGCCGUCCUUGGCUGCUGCAGGGCCACAUGCGCUCACACACGGGGGAGAAACCCUUCGGCUGCUCCCACUGCGGCAAAGCCUUCGCCGACCGCUCCAACCUGCGCGCCCACAUGCAGACCCACUCCGCCUUCAAGCACUACAAGUGCAAGCAGUGCGAGAAGACCUUCGCCCUCAAGUCGUACCUCAACAAGCACUAUGAGUCUGCCUGCUUCAAGGGCUCCGAACACAGCUGUGCAAUAGGGAAUUAGCUACCCCAGCCCCUUGUGGCACAUCCACAUACCCAUUCCAUCCCAUCCCCAUCCCUAUCCCCAUCCUCAUCCCACCCCCAUCCCCACUCCUAUCCCCAUCUCCAUCCCCAUCCCUCUUGCCAUUCCUGUCCCAGUCCCAGUCCCCGUGCCAGCACUCCUGCAGCUGCAGCCGGCUGGUUUGCGGCUGUGCCGUGGCUGGAGGCCACAUCCCUGCAGCCUCGCUCUCCGCCUGGGAGGAGGGUGCCCCAGUGCUCCCCAGGAAGGGCCGGAUUGGCCGGGCUCCUCGCCCAUGGGUCCCUGAGCCCCCCCGCAGCCAGGCAGGUCUCUCUGCGGGGGACUCGCUUGAGGCUCUCUUCCAGACCUAGGAGACUUUUUCCUCCCCCAGCUUGUGACUUUCACCUCUAUUUAUUUAAUUUAUUACUAUUAUUUAUUUAGAGCUGCUGCUUCUCCUCCCGGGGGAUCCCGAAGGAGAAAAGACACUUUGCUGCUCCCCCCAGGAGCAAAACCUCACCUUGACCUGAACACUGAUGGGACCGGGGGCUGGCGCUGCUGACGGCUCGGCGGGACUGACGGGCGCUGUGGCUGCUGGGAGGGCAGGGCUGUCGGUCGCUCUUGGAGGCUGGGGUCACUGCAGCCCCCCCGGGCCCUGGGGCGCCCUGACACCCCCCUGCCCAGCACGAUCCCAUGGGACAUGGCCCCAAGGCACCACGCUCACCCUGGCCCUGCAGCUCCGCAGCCCCAGAGUAGGGGGAAGAGCAAAGGAUGCCCAGCAGAGAUCCCCAGGAUACGUUCCCCGCCAGCUCCCAGCUUGGCUGAGCUCUUCUGCCCUCCGCCAUGGUGAUGGGCUGUGGAACAGCCCUCCCACGCAAAUGCAGUCCCCCUCACUGUGCAAAGAGCCAGGCUGGCGGCGAGGCUGGGGCAGCACCCAAACCCCCAGCCGCCCCCACAUACCCCAGCCUCUGCCCGGACCCCUUCUCAGCUGGGUCCUGCCCCCAUCGCCCCUGCCUGUGCUCAGGAGGAGGGGGUCAGUGUAGCCGAAAGGUUUGGGUGAGUCUAUUUAAUUGUUCUUAUUUAUAUUAUUUAUAACCUAUGCUUUUCACUAUUUAUUUGCCAAGCCUGGCCGGGCCGUGCCAGCGCUGGCUUGCAGGAGGUGGCAGAGCUGCAGCAGAGCCGCCGUGCCCAGGACACAGCCGUGGUGACACGGAUGGGGACAGGACCCCGAGAGCGGACCGUGUGGCGGGCACAGAGGCAGGAGGGCAUGAGCUGACCCAGCAGCCCGGGCUCUGCACCCUGCAAGCCUCCCCCGAAGGCCAAGCCCUUCUCCUUCGUCUUCCUCGCUGCCAUGGGUUCCUGCUCUGCUCCCUGCCUCAUGCCAACGUGGCAGAGACAAACCAGCCAUUCUAUGCAAUGUCGCGGUGGAGCAUCCCCGCGCCGACUGGAGCGAGCGCCAUACAUGCAGCAUCCUGGAGCGGGGCUCGACCCGCGCCUCCGCGUCCUACCUCGGGCUGCGAGCUGCCACAGUCCCAUCACCACGUGCCGGUCCCCGACACCUCUGGGGUUCAGCCCGGCACCCCGUGGGGCCACGCUCGUGUACCCCCACACCGUCUUCCUGCGCCGUCUUCCUCCCUGCACUGUCUUCCUCCCGCCGCCUGGGAAUGUCCCUGUCCUGCUCCUCCCUGCCAUGGCUUGGUGAUCUCACGCAGGAGAAGAGCAUCACCCUGGCUGCGCAGGCACCCCACCAGCGAGCACGCAGCGGUGCCGGCAUCCCCCACAAUGCCGGUGCCAUUCCAGGGCUCCCCAUAUCCCUGGGGAGCGCUGAGCCUCUGCCCCUCUCUGUACUGUACAUAGCAGGUACGACAGCAAUAAUUUUCCGUGCAUGAUAGAUUGUUUUUCCGCCAGGUUUUGUACUCGACAGCCCCCAGUAGGACAAGUCUACUGAGAACUGGCCGCCCGCAGUAUUACUUGUAACGCAAUUCAGGGAUAUAAAAGGGAUUUCUGCCACUAAAUCAUGUGUCU